AUGUCGCUGCUGAAGGAGAUUCAAGCAAAUGCGGCGGUGGCCUGGAGCCCCAUAAAGCGACGUGCGGAGCUCUUGGCGCUCGGCUCCAAGGGUGACGGUGGCGUCGGCUUUGAGAACAAUGGCGGCGAGUUCAAGCUCGUAUCCAUGGACCUGAGCGAUCCUAGUAGGGCCAUGAUCACACUAGGCUCCAUCAAGACGCCAUCACGCUUCACGUCGUUAGCGUGGCGCGAUGUGCCGCGUCAUCACGACACGUGUCCGUACGGCAUCAUCGCUGGUGGGAUGGCCGACGGUUCCGUGUCACUUUGGAACCCAGCGCUCUUGCUGGACCAGGAGCCAGGUACCGAGACCCCUGUGUCUUGUGAGAUUGGUCGCAUCACGCGCCAUAAGGGCGCUGUCAAUGCACUGCAGUUCAAUCCGCACGAAGAUAGCGCGCACCUGUUGGCUUCAGGCGGCAGCGAUGGUGAAGUGUACAUUAUGUCGCUGGAGAAGCUCACGAGCCCUGGUGUCUUUACACCUGGAGGUCCUACGACAGCGCAGCCACAGGUGAAUGAGAUCAUCAGUGUAGCAUGGAACACUCAAGUGAAUUACAUUUUGGCCACUGGAUCGCAAAACGGCACCGUCGUUGUUUGGGACCUCAAGCAGAAAAAACCGUGGUGUGAACUGCGUGACCCGGGGCGUGGAGCAACCACGGCUCUUGUGUGGAACCCCAACGAAGGUCUGCAACUUGCAACUGCCUCAGGCGAUGACCAGCAACCUGCGGUGAAGCUUUGGGACCUGCGCAACUCGACCAGUACGCCACUAGCCGAGUUCCAUGAUCACACUGCCGGCGUAUUAUCCAUGUCAUGGUGUCCUAAUGACCCUGGCCUUCUAUUGUCAUGUGGUAAGGACAACAGGACGCUGCUUUGGGACCUUUUUUCGCGCAAGACGGUUGCAGAAAUUCCUUCAGAUGCCCUUAACGCUCCAGCAAUGGGAUCAAACCAGUACUUUGGUGGUGGUCUUGCUGGCCAGCGUCGUUGGAAUGUUCAGUGGUCACCUCAGAUUCCUGCGGUUGCUUCAACGUGCUCACUGGACGGUAAGGUACAGAUUUGGGGCCUUUCCGGUGGUGGCAACCCGAAUUGUCGUCCACCGAAGUGGAGUUGUCGACCGGCUGGCGCGUCUUUUGGAUUCGGAGGAAAGCUGGUGACGAUCGUCAACCCACAGGAACCUGCAGGCUCUAAUGGCGACCAACGUCGACUUAUUCACAUGCAGCGCGUUAUUAGUGACACAGUACUGGUGGCUGAGGCAGAAGCGUUGGACCGCUCUUUGGAAACCAAAAAUCUCAAGGGUCAUUGUGAGCAAAAGAUUGCGACUGCCACAACUGCUGGCGAGCGUAGUGUGUGGUGUUUUAUGAAAAUUCUCUUUGAGAAGGAUGCCCGCCAGCACCUGCUGCUUCACCUUGGGUUGAACGCGGAAGAGAUUGAUAAACUAAACGCCAAGUUUAACCCGGAAGCUGCGGCAGCACAAGCUGCUGCGACCGCUUCACUUGGUGUCGAUCCGACGUCGCACGCCCCUGUAGCACAAGUGGACCCUGUAACAGGAGCAUUGCUGAGCGACAGGAUUGACUCUACCGGCUUGGGAGCUGCAGACGUGUUUUCAUCAGGCUUCCAGCCUAAUGGAGGUGGCGAAGCUACUGCUGCUACGCCGGCAUCUCCAUUGUCGGAUGUCUCUGCUUUGGCUGCUUCAUUACCCUUUACUUUGGAUGAAGACAAGAGUAAGCGUCUGGAUGCUGCUCCCGCUCCUGUAUACACAGAAGAAUCUGAGAGCACGUUGAUGCAGGCGCUGUUGGUAGGCAACUUUGAAGUGGCCGUUAACUGUUGUUUGGCGUACAACCAGCUUGCGGAUGCGCUGCUGCUAGCUUCUUGCGGUGGCCCUGAGCUCUGGGAGAAGACCCAGCGUGCAUUCUUUUCUCAUCAGACACGCCCUGUAAUGCGAGUGGUGGCGGCUAUCAUUAAGAACGAGCUGAGUGAACUCGUGGAAGUAUCAGACCUCGCGGAGUGGCGCCAAACGCUGGCUAUCUUGAGCACGUAUGCCAAAAGCGAAGAGUUCCCAUCGCUUUGCGACAAGUUGGCCACACGACUGGAGGCAGCUGGCGAUCUGCACUCUGCAACACUGUGUUUCAUGUGUGCUGUGAAUGUCGAAAAGACCGUAAAUGCGUGGUGCAAGGAGAGCGAAGCUGAGACGCUUACACUCGGACAUACAUCUGCACUCCACCGUCUUGUUGAGAAGGUGUCUGUGUUUGCCAUGGCUGUUGACCAACCUAACCAAUCUAUGGGUCCAGAAGUCGCGCAGCGUUUCGCUGAUUACGCUUCUCUGAUGGCAGCGGAGGGCCGACUCGAUAUUGCCGCAAAGUACUCACGCUUCCCGGAUCUCAGUUGUGCGAUCUUGAAGGAUCGCAUUUUUAACGCUUACCCGAUGCAGGGGUACCAGCCUCCACCGUUUCCGUUCGACAUGGUUCAAAUUAGAUCGCAGGCUGAAAUUCAACAGCAGCAACAACAACAGCAGCAGCAACAACAACAGCAGCAGCAACAACAACAACAACAACAACAACAGCAACAGCAACGGCAACAGCGCCAAGCUCCUGCCCAGCAACAGCCAAGAGGCUAUGGCAACAAGCCGGCAUACGGGGCAGGAAGGAACCAGUUUGGUGCUUCUGCUGCGUCAACGUCCAGCGCGGCUCCGAUACCGGCAUUAGGGAGUUUCGGUGGCGCGCAUGGUACGGGCUACCCGCCUCAACAACAUGCGCCGGCGCAAACACCAGCCUUCCCUGGCCGUCCUGGUGGUUAUCAGCAGGCACCCCAGCAGCCACAGUAUUCUGGUGCCCCUGGUCUACCCCCGCAACCGCAGCGGUCUGGUGGAUAUCCAAGCCAGCAGCAACCUGCCUACCCAGGCCAGUCUGCACCACCUCCGAACAUUGCGCACUUGGCACCGACGCCGUUCCCGGGUCAAUCUGCAGCCUCUGCGUUUCCAGGCCAGUCAGCAGCCCCUGCGUUCCCGGGUCAGGCUGCAGCCCCUGCGUUCCCGGGUCAGGCUGCAGCUCCCGCAUUCCCAGGCCAGUCUGCAGCCCCUGCGUUCCCGGGUCAGGCUGCAGCUCCCGCAUUCUCAGGCCAGUCUGCAGCCUCUGCAUUUCCAGGCCAGGCGCAACAGCACUCGGUUUCUCCACAACAACCUGCCUACAGACGUUCACAGCAGCCGGGCUUUUCAGGCCAGCAUCCUCCCCAGCAAGGACUCCUGUCGGGUCCCCCAUCGUCGUCAGGUAACCGUUCGCACCAGCAGAUGUACUCAGGGCCCCCAUCAACGGGCGGCACUUCCCGUAUGCCUGGCAUGCCGUCCCCUGCGUAUGGAGGUGCUCCUCGUCCUGGAACGGGCUUCGGUGCCCCUGUUGCCGCCUCUGCUUCGCCAUCCAUCCCUCAAGGUACGGGGGUAAAUCCGCUUGCUGCGGCAACGGGGUCAUCGCGCAUUGCCAAACCCUCUGUUGAUAUGAGCUCGCAUCAACGCGACGGGUUCGUUAGCAGUGUGGGCAACAAGGAAUUGACACUAAAAUAUGGAAAUGCUACGACAGCUUCGCUUUCGCCUGUCGCGAACGCUGCACCGAAAGCCGGCGGGUUUCCACCAAACGUUGUGCCGGGCAGCACCGAGAACGUCAGCCCGCAGGAUCUUCCUAUCGUGAACGCGUUUAACGACCUCGUGAUCCAGCUUCAGAGUCUACCUCUCACCAUGAUGGAGCAGAAACAGUUACAGGAGAUCCAGAAGGGUAAAGAAAUCAUGUUUACAAAGCUCAACAUCGGCGAGCUGUUGCCGGAAGUUGUGUCGCGACUGCACGAGCUGGUGGCGUGCUUCGGACAACGUGAUUUUGGUAGCGCACAGACCAUUUACGUGGCUCUUACAGCCUCAGACUGGGCGCGGCACAAGGAUUGGCUGCGUGGACUCAAGUCUCUCAUCCAUAUCUCUAUGAAGCGUUUUAGAUAA